AUGACAACUACAACUAGUAGAGCUGUUUUAUGCUUGGUAUUAAGCGUUUUGGUUGCGUUGUGGGUUAACCUCAAUGAAAUGUUUGUGAAUGGUGACAGCAGUAUUGCUGAUUUGCCACUUGUCCAAAAACCAAAAUCUGUUUUAUCUGUGAAUGGUAGUGUUACUGUUGCAGGUGCUGAUGGAAUGUUUCCAUUUACUCUCAAUAAUGACAUGUCUGGUAAUCUUGCUUCCAUUGUUUUGGAUUAUGGACAAAAUGUUGCUGGUUUUCCAAUGUUUGACAUUGCAUCCAUUUCUCAAAGUCCAAUAGAAAUUAGAGUAUCCUAUUCUGAAAGUCUUCCAAAUAUUAAGGAUGGCGACAUGUUGUUCAAUCCAAUGAUUCGUGCCUUUGAUUUGGACAGAGUAAAUAUCCAUACCAUUGAAAUAGCUGGCCAUUUUGAUACAAAUGGUAUCCAAGGAGCUCAACGUUAUCAGAGAAUUGAAUUACUUACUGUUGGAGCUUCUAUUACCAUCUCUUCUGUUUCAUUCACAUCAGCUAUCUAUACCAGAGAUCCUUCUCAAUCUAAUGGUGCUUUCUCUUGUUCUAAUGAGGUUUACAACAAGAUGUGGAAUAUGGGGGUAAGAACUUUACAAUUGAACAUGGUCCCACCAAGAACUGUUCAACCUGGGUUUAUUAGCACUGAUCAAGGUCUUUAUAUUUCACCAGGUACUGCAGGUGUCUUUUUAAAGGGAAUGUCAUGGAUUAAUUAUAAUGUAUCCUUCUCUACUCUAUUUAUGAAGAAUGGUAUUUCUUUUGCUAUUAGAUCAAACGACUAUUCUGAAACAAGAGUCACCUUAAAUAGCCUAAAUAGUUCUCAUAAUCCAAAUAUGAUUCAAGUAAUAAGUGCACAAGAGCUUUACCCUUAUGAAACCUUGUAUUACAAUACUUCGCUUCCUAACUUGGUUGAAAAUCAAUGGUAUGAUGUAUUUGCUUCUGUUAAUCAACUUGUAUUUAAGGUUUAUAUAGAUGGUGCCUUGAUAUUUGAUAUUAAUCUUCCUCAGUCCACUAAUCCAUACAUCCCAUCAGUUGUUCCAGGUGGAGUUGGAUUUUCUGCUAAAAAGUAUCAAAGUGCAUUUAUUAAGAAUCUUAAAGUAGUUGAUGUCAGUGGUAGCAUUCUUCAUCAAGAUCCUCUCACAUCAAAACAAUCAGCUCAUGAUUUUGGAGUUGGAACCAACCCUGUAGCUGUAAUUCUGGAUGGUGCUAAGAGAGAUCGUAAUGUUUGGAGUGGUGACUUACUCGUAGCAGGCCCAUUAUUAUACUAUUCUUAUUAUGCUAAUGAAUAUGCAAGUGGAACUCUUGGAAUAUGCACAUCCUAUCAAUUGAAAAGUGGAUUUGUUUCUUCUAGAAUUGGUACUGGUUUCCCUUAUCAAACCAUUGAUCCAUCUGACGAUUUUGUAACACCAAUAUUUUACAGUUAUACAUACUUUUUAGCUUCGUUAUCAGCUAUUGAGGAAUACUAUCUAUAUUCUGGCGAUUUAUCUUUUGUUAAGGAACAAUGGACAAGAUUGAAAUUACUCAUUAAUGCUUUCGAUUCUCUUAAAGGUAGUGAUGGUUUGUUGCAAGGUGUUAAUCCAAAUUGGACCUAUGACUUUUAUCCAAGUUUAGGAAUGCUUUUGGGAAGAUUUACAAAACUAAAUAUUCAAUAUGCUAUGGCAAUGGAAUCUGCUUCAGUUUUGGCAAAAGCAGUUGGAGAAACAAAUUUGGCUGAAACGUACUUAAUAAGAGCUAACUCUACAAAACAACUAGUUAAUGAAAAGUUGUUUGAUACAAACUCGGGUACUUACAUUAUUUCAGAUCAAAAGUCUGGCAUAGCUCAGGAUACCAAUGCAUUCGCAAUAUUAUCAGGCAUUGCAUCUUUGAGAGGAAAGAACUUUUCCAGCACAUUACUGGAUACUAUGAAAGAUCAAUUGAAGUCUGGCUCUAAUUAUUUAACAUUCAAGAAUGCUGGAGCAUCUUUUACCUCUCCAUACAUUUCUUACUUCCAUGCAGCAGCAGCAUUUGAAUCAAAUAGAGAAGAUCAUGCAUUUGAUAUUAUUAAUUCAGUUUGGACACCAAUGACUGUUGAGGGACCUUACUUUACCAAUGCUUUUUGGGAAAGUAUUGAAAUUGGAGCCACUCAAAGCGCCUCAAACAGUUUUGCUCAUGCUUGGAGUGGUGGCGUUUCUCCAUUGCUUUCAAAAUACGUUCUAGGAAUCAGACCUACUAGUACUGGUUACUCUGAAUGGGUUGUAAAACCUCAAACUGGUUCAUUAACAUGGGCUAAAGGAGCAGUACAAACUCCAAACGGAAAGUUAUCAGUGUAUUGGUCCAAUUCUAAUAACCUCUUUUCUAUUACUGUUGAAGUUCCUCCAAAAUCAAAGGGAACUGUAGUUCUUCAACAGAUUUCAAGUGCAUCAUGUGUGAGUAUUAAUUCAAAGGUCUACUCUAUUGGAAGUACUGUUGGAAAUGGUGGAAUUUCAAAGAUAUCAAAGACAACAAAUGGUAUUGAAAUAGGAUUGGAUUAUUAUGGAUCCUACCAAAUAAUGGCAUCUAAUUGUCCAAUCACUAGCCAAAGUAAGAAAGUAGUUGGUGGAGGUUCUGUAAUUAAUUCAUCAUUCAUGGCCAUCCUUAGUUUAGAUGUAAUAAUCAUUUCUAUUUUAUCCGUAUUGUUUAUUUAA